UAUUGCAGUUCCUUCAAUCGGAUUGGUUUGAGCCUCUACAAAAGAUAGAGUUGAAGUUUCUCACUUGGAAAGUGGUGAUGCUUUUGGCAUUGGCAUCCGCAAGGCGGGUGUCGGAAUUGGGGGCCUUGUCUCAGAAGAGCCCUUACCUAAUUUUCCAUGAAGAUAGGGCAGGGUUGCGAACUCGCCAACAUUUUCUUCCAAAGGUGGUUUCUGCUUUUCACAUAAACCAACCUAUUGUGGUGCCAGUAGUUACUGACACAUUCACUGAUUCAAAGUCUCUAGAUGUGGUUAGAGCUUUGAAAAUCUAUGUUGCUAGAACAGCUUGUAUACGGAAAACAGAGGCUCUGUUUGUCCUGUAUGAUCACAACAAGAUUGGCUGUCCUGCUUCCAAGCAGACUAUUGCACGUUGGAUUAGAAAUACGAUUCAGCAAGCUCAUACUAUGGCUGGAUUUCCGUUACCGACGUCGGUAAAGGCCCACUUCACUAGGAAGGUGGGCUCAUCCUGGGCGGCUGCCCGGGGGGUCUCGGCAUUACAACUUUGCCGAACAGCUAUUUGGUCAGGGUCAAACACAUUUGCUAAGUUCUACAAGUUUGACACCUUGGCCGAUGAGGACCUAAAGUUUGGUCAAUCAGUGUUGCAGGGUCAUCCGCACUCUCCCGUCCGUACUGGAGCUUUGGUAUAGACCCCAUGGUCUUGAUGUCGUCCCCAGCAUCCUCUAGGACGUAUGAGAAAAUAGGAUUUUGAUAACCUACCGGUAAAUCCUUUUCUCCUAGUCCGUAGAGAAUGCUGGGCGCCCGUCCCUGUGCGUAAUUUACCUGCAGUUUAGUUAUCACAGUUACACAAGUUGUGUUAUCUUGGAUUCAGCAUGUUGCUGCAAUUAGUUCAUGCCUGUUGGCGUGUGUUAUGUUGAAUGCCAUGUGUGCGGCAUGGUUGAGGGUGUGAGUUGGUAGAUAUCUCACCACUAGAUAAGUAAUUCCUUUCCUCAAAAUGUCAGUCUCCCUGGGCACAGGCCCUCAUUCCGAGUUGUUCGCUCGCUAGCUGCUUUUAGCAGCAUUGCACACGCUAGGCCGCUGCCCUCUGGGAGUGUAUCUUAGCUUAGCAGAAGUGCGAACAAAAGAUUAGUAGAAUUGCGAAUAGAAAAUUCUUAGCAGUUUCUGAGUAGCUCGAGACUUACUCCUACACUGCGAUCAGUUCAGUCAGUUUCGUUCCUGGUUUGAGGCCACAAAGACACCCAGCGUUCGCCCAGACACUCCCUCGUUUCUUCAGACACUCCCGCGUUUCUUCCCCAGAAACGCCAGCGUUUUUUCGCACACGCCCAGUUUCCGCCCAGAAACACCCACUUCCUGUCAAUCACACUACGAUCACCAGAACGAUAAAAAAUACUCGUUAUGCCGUGAGUAAAAUACCUAACUUUUGUGUAAAAGAACUAAGCGCAUGCGCUCUGCAAACCUUGCGCAUGCGCAGUGAGCGACUAAUCGCAAUAUAGCGAAAAUCGGCAACGAGCGAACAACUCGGAAUGACCCCCACAGUUCCUACAACUGAGGUCUGGAGGAGGGUCAUAGAGGGAGGAGCCAGUUCACACCCAAUGAAAAGUCUUUGGAGUGCCCAUGUCUCCUGCGGAUCCCGUCUAUACCCUAUGGUCUUAACGUCGUCCCCAGCAUCCUCUACGGACUAGGAGAAAAGGAUUUACCGGUAUCCUUCUUUUAAUGCCUGUACCCAAGUGCCUAUAAUGUUCCACGUUUAUCCAAGUAAUCAGGAGUGAGGGUAAGAAAAGCCCCAGGAUCAGUCACCCUAGAAGGAAAGGAGUUAAGGGCUCCUGGCACUGACCCAGAAUGGACCACGUAACUGUCUCCAGGGCUUUGGUUUGGUUCUUACUCUGCUGCCCAUAUUAUCUUCUGAGCUCCUCAGCAGCCAUCGGAUCCACAGAAGCCAAGGACUGCAGCGGCGAGAAAGAGCUCACCAUCACUCAUAUCUACAGUGUGCCCGGAGAGGACAAUGCACAGCUUCACACAGUGGAAUCAGACGAUAAGUCACUGGUGUUCAGGCAUCAACUUCGGCUGCAGACCCCGGCUGCAAACUGUGAGAGGGAUGGGCUGAUAAACGACCUCCUCGCCAGGCUGCUAGCUCUAGAGACAGAGAUGAAAGAGGUGAAGGAGCAGUAUCAGGGCUGUUGCCAAGCAGGAAACUGCAAUGGCAAUGGGAAGUAUGUGCCGGCUCUAGGUUCCUGUGAGUGCGAUGAUGGUUGGGAGGGACCUGAUUGCGCUACAAAGAGUUGCCCAGGCAAUUGUGGUGGAAAUGGGGUAUGUAUUGAUGGCGUCUGCCAGUGUGCAGAGGGCUUCACUGGCGAGGACUGCAGAGUGAAAAAGUGCGCCUAUGACUGUGGCAAGUUCGGGACCUGUGUUGACGGUGGCUGUAAGUGCGCGGAGGGGUACACAGGCCCAGCAUGCAGAAAGAAGAAAUGCCUGGUUGACUGCAGUCCGCAUGGCCAAUGUGUCGAUGGAACCUGCCAGUGUUAUGAAGGCUACACCGGCCUGGACUGCAAAGAAAAAAAAUGCGCAGUUGAUUGUCGCCCCAAUGGCCAAUGUGUUAAUGGGCAAUGUGUCUGCAAUGAAGGCUUUAUGGGAAGUGACUGUUCCGUCGAGAUUGCUAGUCUUUGUAGCUUCAAUGGCAGAUUCCAAUUGGAGACUGGCACCUGUGUGUGUGACGAAGGCUGGGAAGGACCAGACUGUUCCCAGAGGAGCUGCCCCAACAACUGUGCUAACAAUGGCGUCUGUGUCAAUGGCGUCUGCCAGUGCGCUAGUGGCUUCACCGGCCCCGACUGUAGUGAGAAGGAAUGCAACCCAGGCUGUGGAGUUAAUGGGAUAUGCGUUAAUGGUGUCUGCAAGUGCAACGUGGGCUUCACAGGACCCACCUGCAACCUGGUGGACUGCAUCGUCAAUUGUGGUGAGAACGGGCGCUGCGAUGGAGGCCAGUGCUUCUGUGAGGAGGGAUUCUUUGGUGAUACCUGUUCUGACGUGCUGGCUGUGGAGAACCUGCGUCUCAUCACUACAACAGAAAACUCAUUGAACAUUGCCUGGGACUUGCUGGUGGAAGUGGACUAUUACUACAUUAGUUACUAUCCUUUUGGUGACGAAAGCUUGAAACAGCAAAUUAAAGUAUCUGCAAACCAAGACUUUUACCAGAUUGGAGGUCUGAGCCCAAGCACACUCUACCAAAUUCUUAUGUACCAAGUGAAGAACGGGGUGACCAGCGAGCCUGCUGAGCUCCAAGGCAGAACUGAUGAUUCAGCGUUAGGAACUCUGUGGGUGACAGAAGAGACAGAGGAUUCGCUGGAGGUGGAAUGGGAGAAUCCUGCCAAUAAAGUGGACUAUUUUAAACUGAAAUAUGGUGCCCAGGGAGGCGGAGCGGAGACAGAUGUUCAGGUGUCUCAGGGUAGUGACCCCAAGAGCAGGUAUAUCAUUACAGGUCUGCAGCCCAGCACGGCAUAUGAUAUCAGUGUACGUUCUGUGAGAGGAGCCCAGGAAGGGAAGGCUGCCAGUGUAGUUGGUGUCACAGGUAUUGAUGGGCCCAAAAAUCUGGCGGCUGUAGAGAUGGGUGAAGAUACAGCCAGCCUGUCCUGGGAAGCUGCCCGAGCUCAGAUAGAUCGGUAUAUAUUAUCAUACGCAUCCCCUGAUGGAUUCAGUGAGGAGGUGACUGUGGACAAAAAGAAGACCUCCACUGCUCUGACUGGCCUUACCCCCGGCAUGGAGUACGUCUUCCAUAUAUGGGCAGAGAAGGGCAACAAGAGGAGCAAGAGAUCCAGUGUUACAGCUGUGACAGAUAUUGAUGCCCCUAAGAACUUGGUGGCCUCUGAAACUACACAAACAGAAACCACCCUGACUUGGACUCCACCUAUUGCGCAGAUAGAUGGUUACAUACUCACUUAUGAGGAUGAAAGCGGCAAUCGUCAGGAGAUUGAAUUGGAUGCUGCAAGUAAGAGUUACGAUCUGAAAGGCCUGAAGAAAGGAGCACAGUACACAGUGUACCUGGUGGCUUACAGAGGGGAUCGGAAGAGCAGACAUGCCACCACCAUGUUCUUCACUGGGUCUAUGAUCAUCCCCUUCCCUGUGAAUUGUGCACAAGUUCGGCUUGCUGGCAACAAAGCAAGUGGUGUAUAUACUAUCUACCCUGGAGGGGAGAACACAAAUGGCAUCAAAGCAUACUGUGACCAGGAUACUGACAACGGAGGAUGGAUUGUAUUCCAGAGGCGGACCACUGGAAAGCUGGACUUUUAUCAGCGCUGGAGGACAUACGUGGAUGGAUUUGGAGAUCCCAAUGAUGAGUACUGGCUUGGUCUGGAAUGGAUUCAUAAACUGACCUCCACCCCUGUGCAGUAUGAGCUGCGUGUGGAUCUCCGUGCUGGCAAUGAGUCUGCUUACGCUGUUUAUCGCACCUUCCGUGUGGGGUCUUCUAGAGAUAAGUACAAGCUGACAGUCGGUGACUACUCAGGCACAGCAGGUGAUGCUCUUGGAUAUCACAAUGGAUGGAAAUAUUCCACGUGGGACAGGGAUAAUGACAUAGCACUCACUAACUGUGCCCUCUCCCACCGCGGUGCCUUCUGGUACAAGAACUGCCACCUUGCCAAUCCUAAUGGACAGUAUGGAGAUAACAACCACAGCCAGGGAGUCAAUUGGGAGCCUUGGAAGGGCCAUGAGUUUUCCAUUCCAGUUGUGGAAAUGAAGAUGAGGCCCAUAGAGAUGUCCUGAGGAAGAACAGCAGGAAGACCAAGCUGGAGUGCUGCCACCGCAUCCAAUGUUUUCUCUCUAAAAAUUGUGUCUUCUUGAAAUUCUGCGACAUUUGACAAUUUACAGUCAAAGGUCUCAGGACUACAAUUCACAAAUAUGCAAAUUGGUUGUUUUAUGCUCAUGUCUACUGAUAGGUUCUUACGAGUCACAUGUCUAAGCCUAAUCCUUACCAUUUCCCCACGAGAUGCAGGGAAACAGCCUAUCCCAGUAGAAUGCUGCAGAUCUAGUGCAGUUGUGAGUUCUGUUCUUUUUCUAGAACCAAAAUGCAAGAAUAUUUCAGAUAGAUUUUAUUAACGGCCAGGAAGAUCCAGAUAGACUAAGCCAACCCUACAGCUGUAGAAUACUCUGUACCUGAUUUCUCUUUUAUUUUAUGCACAACGUUAUAUUUCUAGUAUUUAACCGGAUUCAAAGUUUUUAACGUUUAUUUAAGGCAAAAUCUGCGCAGCAAGUUUUGAUGAGAUGAUGUUUGUGUUGUGUUUGUUACAGGUCAGGAUGUGGAUGGGACUGAUUACAGCAGUCCUCUUCCCCGGUACAGGCAGAAUGUGUAAAUAGUAUUUUUUCUACAGUGUUUUUCUUGCUGGCAAACUAAUCUCUCACCCCACUGUCACCUGUACAGUACAUGUGUAUAUAGUUGUAUGGUGCACUACAAGACAUCUGUACUAAAAGUGAAAAAUAAAGACAUUUACAGAAA